UUUUUGAAUCAGUUAAGCAUAAACUCUCAGUCGGUUCGGUUAAGAUUGUCAAUUUAGGCUUUGCCAACUCGUAACGGUCAAGAUACAAAAUAAGAAGAAAAAAAUAAAAUAAAUAGAAGGAUACUAUUUUAAUAGCGUACUUAACACGAGUAUUUUUUUGUUUUGUCGAUAAAUUCUAUUUAACAGUUAAAUUUUUAAAUGAAACGAUUAUUUAGCUAACGGAAAAAUAAUUUGAAUUCUUAAAUUUGAAUUUUGAUUUUGUUUUGCAAAAAUUAACAACGAAACACAACCAUGACUGAAACAUAGCCUGAAAAAAUAAAAUUAUUUAAUAUUUUGUGCGUUUGUUUUGAGAGCUUUUUAAGUGUUCUUUUGUUGUGUUAGUGUUAAAAAAUUAUCAAAUAAGUUUAAAUUUAUAUUAAAACAAAAAUCCUAAAUCCUGCAUCAAAAUGGAAAAUAUUACAUCAAAUUUUGAUUAUGCUGCUGAAAUUGUCAAAGUUGCAUUUGAAGAAUUAAACACACAUCAUUUAUCUGGAAAUUAUUCAGGAUUGAUACCGAGAUAUUAUUGGCUGGUCGAAGAAGAAUAUGGAGAUCCAAGAGCGAAAAGGUUUCCCUUAAUGGAUAAUCCCCUGCCUACCUUCGGUCUAGUCGGAAUUUACCUGUCAUGGGUUUUAUAUUUUGGUCCAAUGUUCAUGAGAGAUAGAAAACCAUUCCAACUGCGACAAACAUUGAUUGUGUAUAACGCAUUUCAGGUUCUAUUGAGUGGUUACAUGUUCUAUGAGCAUCUUAUGGCUGGAUGGUUGAACUUGUACAAUCUUAAAUGCCAACCCGUCGAUUAUUCAGAUGGACCAAUGUCAAAACGGAUGCUGAAUUUGUGCUACAUUUACUAUCUAUCAAAACUGACUGAAUUUGCGGACACAAUAUUCUUUGUGUUAAGAAAAAAGACAUCACAAAUAACUUGGCUGCAUGUGUACCAUCAUUCGUUAACUCCACUAGAAACAUGGGUUUUGGUUAAAUUCAUUGCAGGUGGAAAUGCAACAUUCCCAAAUCUUCUUAACAACUUCGUCCAUGUUUGUAUGUACUUCUAUUACAUGAUGUCUGCAAUGGGCCCUGAAUACUCCAAAUUCUUGUGGUGGAAAAAAUAUAUGACUGAACUUCAAAUUGCUCAAUUUGUUUUGUGCAUAGGACACACCAUCCGCGCCCUCUUCUCAACGCAAUGUAAAUUCUCAAAGUUCAUUUCAUCGCUUCUGCUCCUGAACUCAGCUAUUUUCUUCUGUUUGUUCAUGAAUUUCUACAUUCAAAGUUACAAAAAGUUAGUCACCCUGCAACAGGAGGCUGCUUUGAAAAAAAGUCAAGAAGCUGUGAAAGCUGUGGAAGGAGUUAAACAAAAAGCCAAUUAACCAAAACAACAAAAGAUGCAACUGAAAAUUAUAUUAAUAAACAUCCAUUAGGCUGGAUUUUAGAAUGACUGACUGAUAAAUUUCCAUAUUUUCUUCAAUUUUGAAUUCAUUGAUUGUCUCAGCAAAACAAAAACUAGAAAUAAAUUGUUAAAAUUCGAAAAUGAAGAAUAAUUGUGGUAUUUUGUUAGUUAUUGUUUUUAUCCAGAAUUAGACUUUUGUAAAAUAUCUUCUUUAUUUUUACCUUAGAAUUGAUUUUUUUCGUAUAUAAAAAUGAAAACUAAAUAAAAUUUUAAGUUAAAUAAAAAUAAGUAGGUAUUUUUAUAAUAUUGUCACAAAAUCAAAAAAAAACUUGUUGGUUGUGUAAAUUAAUCACAAAUUAUAUAUAAAUAGGUUUUUAAAAUGUUAUAAUAUUCUUAAUUAUUUUAAAUAAUAAAUAAGACAUAAAUAAAAGAAAAAUAUAAAAAUAAACAAAACAAUAGACUAAAUAAUAUAUACCUUACAUAAAAUUUAAGCUAAAUAUAUAGUAAACAAAUAUUGUUAAAAUAUUUACAAGAGAUUUUUAAAUGUAUAAUUAAUAUUUCUGUAAAUAUUUAAAAAUUAAAAAAAAAAAAAGAAAAAAGCAAUAAAACAUGGGUGUUUUUAAAAAGACAUCCAUGUUUAUCUACAAAGUACAAUAUAUUUUCAAGAGUAAAAUAAAUAGAAUAUUUUUUUAAAUAUACAUAAAUAAAAUAUUAUAUAUCAAAGCUUGGAAAGCUUAUGACGACCUUGCCGGACCGAAAUAUUGUAAAAGAAAUUUUAAUAAUUUAAUUAUUAUUUCUUUCUUAAAAAAAAACUUAUUUUAUUAAUAAUUCUUGUAUUUGUUUGUUCGAACUUUUUUUUUUAAUUUGUUUUCUUUGUAUAAUGUUUAUCCUAGUCUUAAAUCGAACAAUAAAAUGUGUAGAUUAUUAUAAAAAUAAGUUUUUAUAAAACGGAAAUAAAAAUAAAUUGGAACGAAUUACAACAAAAUUAUUUAGUUCUUAAACAAAUUGUUCAGUGCCUUUUCUUUUUUAUUUCAUUGAUUGUAUACGUAACUUAAAGAGCAUUUUGCGAUCUAUUGUUAUAUGAAACUAUUUUUUAGCUUCGAGUUUAAUGGAAGAUAGAAAUUUAUAAGAUCUUUAUUGAAUUAAUUAAGAAAAGACACUGAAAAAUUUGCCAAUAAUAAUUAGUUAAUUAACCAGAAUUUUGCAAUAAAAUGAUUCUUUUUAUUACUUGUUAAAAA